AUAUCUCUUCUUGAAAUUGGAAGCUUAAUUUCCUGGAUGAUAGUAUAUAAGUCGCUGGUGCAGAAAGAAAGCCACAUUUCCUUUUCUUUUCUCCUUGGUUCCGCAUCGAUGCCCAAGAUGUUUUGGGGAAUGCUCGUUGUGGCACUGGCCUUACGGCUCCUGGUCGACGUCGAGGCCAAACCGGCGCCCAGUCCCCAGAUUCUUCCUUAUGGCGUCUCCAGCCCCGUCCUGCCCAGCAUGCUUGGAGGCCAUGCUCUUCCGGUGGCUCCUAGUUUACCAUGUUCCAUUAUGCCAUCCCUGUGCCAACACCCCAUUAGUCCUUCAGUGAUGUACCACCCACCAACAGCCUUACUUGCUCCCCAUCCACCAGUGCUUCCUGUUCACCCUCCUAUGGUCCUUCCUCAUCCACCAGUUAUGCCCGUUCACCCUCCUAUGGUUCUUCCCCACCCACCAGUUAUGCCCGUUAACCCUCCUAUGGCCCUUCCUCACUCACCAUUUAUGCCCGUUCAUCCUCCUAUGGUCAUUCCCCACCCACCAUAUAUGCCCGUUCACUCUCCUAUGGUCCUUCCUCGUCCACCAUUUAUGCCUUUUACUUCCCCUAUGUUCCCUUUUCAAUCAUCAAUGUUCUCAGUUCUUCCAACCAUGCUUCAACCACAGCAACCGGCCUCUCCUCCUGAGGCAUCAGAGUCUUCAGAGGAAUCCUCAGAAUCCUCCCCCUCACUUACCAUCGUUUACCCCCCAACACCAGAAGCCUCAUUCGGUGGUCAGGGCGCAUUGCCAUUCUUCUCGAUGUUUAGUCCCGCAGGUUCCUUCAGUUACCCCUCAAUGCCCUCAACGCAGGGUGCUUCAGACAAUGACGCUUCCAACUCACCCUCUCAUAAUGCCAAACCGUUUCGGUUCUUUUAGGAAGAGGACAUAUCUCCAGUCUAACUGAAUCCAAGAAUUCCGCUUCUGACGACGACUUUGAACUGGAUAUCAUUAUUAUAGCAAUGGUAUUAUCUGCAAGGUAGAAAAUGAAAAAAAAAAAAAGUUGAAUGCAAAAACGAAAAA